AUGCUUGAGGAGAAACCAAGCAGAGCCUCCACUCCAGCACGAGACACCCAUACAGCGCCGAAGGAGCCGUCGGGUCCUUUUGUGCAAGUCUCUGGCUGGACGCCAUGCAACGGCGCUGAGUAUUUGAGAGCGAAGAAGAUAGAGCAGGUGCAGGAAGAGCAGGAAGAGCGGCAAGACCAGCAGGACUCGCCCACACGCGAAUUCAUUACGCCCGCUGAUCAAGACGCCACACCCACGCGCAAGGACACCGCACCCACCAGAAUCCGCUACACCCCAAACAAUGUGCCGCGAGAUCACCAAGCCCUCUUCUCGGGCGACAUCAAGUACCUGCACCACGAUGCUCUCUUCCGCCUAGCUAAGCACUGGACCAUGACACAGGUCGCAGAGCACGUCAACGCUGCUCACGGCGCCGAAGUUGUCAACCAAAAGAAACUCUCAAAUCGACUUUCAAAGGACAUCGGGAUCAUGGCGGAGCGCGACGGCAAGCCCAGAGACGCACUCCUGCAAGAGUUACGGACUGCUCAGAGAGCCAAUGGCGUGCCAAUCAAUGGCAGGUGGUCAACCUCAUCUAGCACCUCGUCCAAGAAGCGCAGCGGUAGCCCAAAGCGGAAACAACGCACCAACCCUGAUUUCAUCCCCGGGCUUGCAGACCGCGAUGGAGACAUUGACAUGGCGCAGGAAGAUCGCUCGUCUAGCCCGACUCGUGCGUCUGAGUUCGGAGAAGAGCAUACUGAGGAGCAAGAAGUAGAGGACGCCGAUGAUGAGGGAGCAAGCGAAGAUGAUGAGAACGACGAGUCCGACAAUGAAGCCACCACGAAGGUGAUACAACCUCCUUCCAUCUUUGCGAGAAUGAUGGCUGACCGCAAAGCAGCCAAAAGCAACAGUCCUCGGUAA